GCAUGAUCUUUCAACAAUUGAGUUUGGCAUCCGCAUUUCUGACUUCAUGCCUUUAGCCUUUAAGACGGUCCCAGUUGCUGGUUUAGUCGAGAAGGAGCUGGAGCUCUUGAACUACCUUCGCGGCCUUCCCAACGUGAUCCAGCUUCAGGACUCGUUUGUCAACGACAAUGGCAAUACAGUGCUGGUCCUGCCAAUGCUCAAGAAGUUUGACUGUCAUGUUGCCAACAAGAGCCUUUGUUCUAUUCGCGCUUCUAUCAAGCAGGUGUUGAUGGGUCUUGCUGCAGUCCAUGCCAAGAACAUUGUUCACUUAGACAUCAAUCCUUCAAACUUAAUGCUUACCCAUAACAAACGAGAGGUUGUCAUCAUUGACUUUGGUUUAUCCAUGAGUGUGAACCGAUUCAAUUUUAAUGGUGACAAUGCGUCUCCGUCCUUGGACCCCAUUCCAGUCUGUGGUACAACUGGGUACAUUGCUCCCGAGAUCAUAAAUCCACAGUUCUAUGGACAAUAUGAUCCUACGGAGGCUGAUCUUUACUCUCUUGGUAUUGUUCUUGGCGAGAUGUUGGAGCCUUAUAUUCCCGAUUGCGAUCUCCAUUACUUUGGAUCCAAAUACCUUAGUCUCGAAAACACUAAUCAAACAGUGCGUUUGUUGAAGGAAUUUAUCUCUCAAAAAUCAGUGUAUCCGGCCGUCCUAAUCCAGGCUGCUGAUCUCCUUGUGAAUAUGUUGGAGGAGGAUCCAAAGAGUCGCAAGUCGGCCCAGGAGCUGCUUGACUCGCAUCCCUUCUUGAACACACCUCCUUUGAACGAUGGUUCCGGCGCUAGCCCGGGCUCCUGCUCAGCCAUGAAGCUCGAGUUAAGCGACUGGUUGCAUCGAGUACAGGAGAUUAAAUAUUAUAAAUAUCUUUGUCGAGAACAGAAUGAUUGUGAGGUAUAUCGUUACCGAUAAAUAGAUCAUUAAUAGAGAUUUAAGCGUUUUUAAUAAAAAGUAUACCUUUUUGUACGCCG